CUUCCGCUUUUGAAAAAUCACGUUUUGUGACAGGUCGAACUACGUUAACCAUGAGCCUUUGCUGCCGUUGCUAUGGAAAAACGUCAGUGGCGCGAAUCAGAGUAGUUGUGAAUUCAAAACUCUUCGUCGGUGAAUGAAGAAGCAAAACAUACCGCCAUUUACCAGAACAUAUGGCAGUUUACAGUAAAUUGAUUUUUAUUUUUAACAUCUUUUAGCCUUUACCCCUUCAGUGGAGCGCAAAACAGAAUUUCAAGCUCCGUGAUUGGAUGUUUCUUGCCGAAAUGCACCCUGGGAAACGUAGUUAAUGCUGCGUUUUAACGUGCGGUUAAAGUACAUUACUUUUCGUCAAACGCAAGAUAUUUGUAUAGAUAUUUUACAUUUUUGUAUUGAUGACCUGUACUCUCUGAGUCACGUAAAAUGGUCUAUUGGGAAAAUGAAUGACAACUGUUGGCUGCUUCCUGAACCAAGACCGCCUGAAAUCUGAAAUUAUAAUUUAAGUUUGGUAAUAAUGUAAAAGCCAGUGUUGAGUGUCCCCUGUCAGCUCACCGCCCCACCAGAGCUUUGAGUUUCUUGUUACUUCAGGAACUGUUGCUAUGGAGCUGAUUCCUCAACAACCCACACAAAGUUUUCACCCUGAAUGCCUCACCGUGGACAGACACGUUCACGGACACAACGGCUGACAGUGAAGUACUUCAUUAGGAGGAAAGUGCAUGUAUAGGAAUGCAGGUCCAGUCGGUUCCCCUCGGCUCUGUCACCAUCGGACCGCGGUCGUGGAGUGAUGGGACGAUCCGCUCCAUUCGGCGAGCGCAGCGCCUGGUCCGGCAGACUCGAGCCGGGCGGUUCGGAACUUGCAGCCGGCCCCGGAGCUGCAGCGCCGCCGCCGGUUUCACCCCUCAGCUCACCGACGGCGCAGCGGAGACAACCGAAGAAAAGAUCAGUGGGGAGGGAUGCGGAGAGAGUCGUGACUCCAUUUGUGAUAAUAAGAUGUCGAGGCCACAAACUACAGGAGCAAUGUUCCCCAGUGGCUCCCAGAGGACGUCCACGGCCCCGUUCCCGCCUACCAGCCUGCGUGAGCAGUGCGCCGCAGCCAGCGCGGCCGUGGCCAGCGAGUACAUGCGGAGGGUGCGGGAGGUGGAGGGCCAGCUGCGCAGACAGGCUGGCAGGGUGAGCCAGGAGGGCGUCAAGCUGGAGAGGGAGAGGGGUCACCUGGAGAGGAUGCUGCGCAGCCUCACGGCCGAUCUGACCGUGAACAAGAGGAGCUCGGAGGAGAGGACCAGGAGGCCGUCCACUGCUGAGACGGACAAAGAUGGUGCUGAUUACUUGUUGCUGUGUGAGAGAAGAGAGCUGGCCCAGCUGAAACAGGAUCUGGACGGGGCACUGAGAAACACACUGACCCAGCUACAGGCCCUGAGUAAGUGCAGCAGACAGCUGCUGGACUGUGCCAGUGAGAGGGUUCGAGUCCUGGAGCUGCUGCCACACAGCAGCCCCGCUGGAGGACACAGCAGCGCUGCUCAGACCUUCACCAGAACAGACCCCAUUGGCCCCUUUACACCAGGAUGUAAACAGGCUUUAGAGUCGUCCGCUGUGACAGUCAACCGGUCGCAGCAGCUGAGAGGAAACGUCAGACAGAUGCUAACCAGCGCCAUCGCCAGGCAGAAAGCUGUACACCGCACCGUCAAUGACGGCCUGGUGAAGAAAGUAGCAGAAACCGUCAGCCUGCAGCAACACCUGACUCUGACGUCAGCAGCCACCAGACAGGCCAUGUUUCGCAAGCAGAGAGAAAUCAACUGCAUUCGCCACAGCCACGACAGAGCGCAUGGUCCAGAGUACAGCGGCGACUUGCUGUCCAGAGAGAAACUCAACAGGCCUCUGGUGCAGGUUUAUCACCGACACCCGGGGACACAGUUACCUGAGGCUGCUCAUCUCAUACAGGGCAGUGAAGUGCUGAGGCGAUGCCUGAUGUCCUCUGAGGCUGAGCUGGCGAGGCUACGGCACGCCUGUCAGCAGCUGCAGGAGGACCAGCGAGGCAAGACAGCAGCAGCUCGGGUGGACGCAGCCGUCAUCCGCAUGAGGCGUCAGCAGGUGGACAAGCGGGCCGUGCCGUCUUUCCUCCAGCAGGGGGCGUGCAGGAGCCAACUCUCCUUGUCUUGUGUACAGUAGAGCUGCAGCGAGCGAGCAGUGCUGUUAGAGAGAGAGAGACGCCAGUGUUAAUGUGUGUGGUGAGAAAUAGUGAAGAGCCUGGUUCAAGAUUAGCAAGAUGGGAUAAAAGCUGCACUAUGUGGCCAAAAGUAUGUGGACAUCCACUUUUUGGUCUGUAGCUGUACUGUGCUUUCUGUUUUGUGGCAGUCACAUUCCUGUUUUAAUUACACCCGUGCACAAGGUCAGAACCACAAAGAGCCCUGACAUCAACCCCAUCAGCUUUGGGAGGUGCUGGAAUGCGGCCUUAUCAGCCAGUACCUGAACUCACCACUGCUCUUCUGGCCGAAUGGGAACAAAUCCUUGCAACCAGGUUAGAAAAUCUUGCAGACAGCCUUCCCAGAAGAGUGGAGGCUUCGGUGUAAUGUUUGGGUGUCCACGUACUUUUGACCACGUAGUUUAGGUUUCUGCACUGAGCUGCGCACACGAAGUUGGACAUAUUUUCUUUGUGCGAUAACAUUUUAACUGGUGAAAUUUAAUAAAGACAAAUGGUUGUGUACAAAACAAUGUGAAAGACAAUGUCUUUUUGAGGAUUUGUCGCAGUUCACUUAAAGGGAAAGUCCACCCCAAAAUCAAAAACACAUAUUUUCCCUGUCUCUUUAGGGAGGCUUAGAAAAAUGUACUAUUUUAUUAUUGUAGUGGUGACAGAAAUGCCAAGAUUUAUUUGCCGUAACCAUUUCAUGUUGAGUUAGCGCAAUCUUUACUGCAAUAAAACACAAUCAUGGCUUAAAA